AUGGUCGUGAAGGCAUGCAAUCGCUGCCAUUCCGCCAAAGAAAAAUGCACUUUUACCGGCAAUGACCAACAAUGCAUUCGGUGCAAGCGCUUGAAGAUCCCAUGUUCCGUUUCUCGUCGCAGCGGCCGAAUAGGCCGCCGGCCAUCUGCAAAGGCCUUCCCGCAUGGUCAAAUGCAGGUCUGGAGUGUUGACCUUCAGCCCAGCGACGAGCCCGAAUCCGAGCUGACGGUCCGUCGAAAAACCACAUCACCCUCAUCCAGCCGCGCCUCCCCCGCCGAGUCCGUAUCCGAUAUCUCAGAAGAAGGCUGGACGCCGACAAGGGAAGGCCUACUCAUGCUGUCGCCGGAGAGGUUGCUUGCGACGCCCAAGAGGUUGCAAACAACCGCCGACGCGUUGCAGACGGUCAUGGAUACACAGCAGUUUGCUGCUAUACAUGGGCCCUUUGCGAUGGGGGCCAGCUUUUUCCCUGUCUCCCAACAAACCAUAACUAUCCUCCUGUCCUGCUCCGGACCCACCCUCACCGAGGGCUAUCUGGCCUUCCUCUCGUUAAUGUCGAGCCAUCAGAGGUCACUUGUCAUGCGACCCCAGCAGGCGGACAUGCAAAAGGCAGCCAAGGGACUGCAGCGCUUGCGCAAUGUGAACAUUAGGCACGUGUAUGAUGCGGCUUGCGCGCUCUUCCUGGGUCAGAUCAUGUACGUGUUCAACGUUGUCAGCGCCCCCUAUUCCAAUACCGCGCACUCGAUUGUGCGGAACGCGCUCCUCACGACGCGCGACUGGUUUCCAAGCCUGUUCAUGUAUCCGAUCAUGGAUACCAUCACCUUGACCCCCGUGUUGAUUGACACGGUGGAGGCGGUGGCGCACCGCGAGCUUCCCAUUAUCCGACUUCCUCCCACCGAUCGGGUCAUCAUCGAUCGAUAUGCUGGCAUUAUGACGACGCUUCUCCCCCAUAUCCAUGAUGUUGCCGAAUGUAGUAAUUUCAUGAAAAAUGACCGCAGUGAGCCUCAGUCGGCGCAGCGGAUGGCAGUGUGGCAGAGACUCGCAGAGAUCGAGGGCCACGUUCAAGAAUGGGAGCCACCGCACCAGCCCAUCCUGUAUGCCAACUUCUCACAACAUGAGGCUCUCGCCAUGAUGACCCAGGCCAAUGUCUAUCGUCUGGCCACCCUUUUGGUUAUUCAUCGACUGAGGUAUCCACUGGGAGUCGAGGACGGGACCGCACGAGUACUCGCGGAGGGCAUCUUUUCGGCCAUGUCGUUGUUCGCUUCGUCGGCAGCGGAGAAAGUGACCGCCAUGCCCAUGGUAUUCCCGUUAACAAUGGCGAUGCUGGAGGUCGAAGGCCCAGGGGAGCGGCUGCUGGACAUACUGGCAGCGUUUACCGUACAAAAUAUCAGUGCAGUUCGACUGCGGGGGUUCAUCAAAGCUGUCAGGACAGCCAAGGAGGCAGGAUUCAAGGGAACAUGGUUUGAACUAGUGGAAGAUCAUUUGCAUGUGGCGAUGCCACCUUAA